AUCUCGUGACCGACACGCCCAUGGCAGACGACACUUUGCUGCGACGCUCAAGAUGAAGUUCGGCAAGACAUACAUGGAGACGCUGGCCAGCCCGUCAUUCCCCAAGGAGUGGCGGGAGGGCGCAAUCGAGUACAAGCAUCUCAAGAAACUUAUCAAUGGUGUCGUUGCCGAGCUCGAGUCGCUGGGCCUCGGUGCCGAUGUGCUCAAGGACCUCAUGGAACCGCCUGAGACCGAGGCGCCCGAUGGAGAGGUGAGAGCAGAGAGGCCGAAGUCGACCUCUCCGCCCGGAACACCGCCGGGGCAACACGACGACAGCGACACUCCUAGCGAGCAGGAAGAGAGCGCGGCAUGCGAGGAGUGCGAGAACAGCCUCAAGGAGCACAAGGCAUCGACCGACUCGCCUGCGGCCGAGUGGAUCGCCUCGAUUGCCCAUGCGCAGCAUCACGACAGUGGCGCGAGGGGCAGACGCAGACCAAGCGGGCAGCGCAGACGGUCGUCCGCCUCGGGCGCAUCCAGAGGCCGCUCGAGUCCCUCGUCGGGCAGCAACGCCUCUCACGACCGAGGGCAAGAGCUGGAAGUCGCCGAGGAAGAAGGGGUCGAGGUGCUCCGGCCAAAGGCUGGCGCCGCUCUCGCAGCGGGCUCACCAAGUGCAAGGGGUACCUCGACACACCGUGGCAUUGGCAAAAAGGACCUCGAGGAGAUGAGGAGACAGCACAGCGAGACUGCACGACAUUCGGCAUCGACGUCGACGUCGACGAGCGACGAGGAUCGAGUGCAUGACUGGGGCGGACAUGCUUGGCGCGAGAGACCCGGGCUUGCGGCCCCCAAGAAUGGUGCAGCUCGGCCUCGCGUCGGUGGAGGCUGGGUCAAGGGCAAAGACGGGCGCAGGGCGAGGGCAGAGUACGAGCUCGGCGGGGCAGAGGAGCACCCCGUGCCCCGCAUCCGGCUCUUUGUGGAAUCGCCAGUGUGCUCGGACGAUGAGGAUGGCAUCGAUGAGGUCGAUGAGGAAGACGAGGAGGAGGGGAACAGUCGAGCACAGGGUGAACAUGACGACUUUUCCGCUUCAGCUCACAUCACUGAACUGCCAGAGAGUCCACGGUCCUUUACGACCAUCAAGCAACCUGUCCCCCCUCCUGCUCCCCUUGUCGGAGUACCGCUGUCGCCAGGUGUUGCGCCGCGCAGGGACUUGCCCGACCUUGACGAUGACGAGGACUACGACGACGAAGACGCUGACUUGGAGCACAGCAAGAGGAAGAUGCGUUCGCGCGAGAUUGUCAUCCCUCUCACCGCCGACACCGAAUUCCUCGACACACUCACGGGCGCCUUGGCCAAUCUGUCGACGCUGCAGAGCACGCAACGGGAUGAUUUCGUGACCAGCACAGAGAACCUGUGCAGCUCCGUGGCCCGUGUCUCGAGCCCGUAUGCGUCAAAGAACGAUAUGUACGUGUGGCGAGAGAUCUUCAGCCUCUGGGUGGAGAUGCAGAUCUUUGAGUCGGAGAGGGAAAAGGACAGAGGCGAGCUGAGCGUCGACGAGAGCGAAGCCAGGCUCAAGCGGUUCGCAGAGGAGCUCUCCAAACGAGGCUGGACCGCCGAAUCGGCGCCUGCCUCGGAAGAGAAAGAGACAAAGAGCGGGGGACAUCACUUGAAGCUGUCGAAGCGCAAGGCGAAUGUCGCAGCCACAACGGCAGGACCAAACCUGCCCAUGAAGGACCCGCGUUCGAUCAAGGCCCUCGAGGACUUCUUGCGUCUCAAUCUCGUGCUCCUCGAUGUCAAGAAGUUCCAGCGGGUCAAUGUCGAAGCCGCGCGCAAGAUCCUCAAGAAGCACGAUAAGCGAACAGCGCUGACGGCCAGCAGCGAUCUGGGCCAGUUCAUGGCUAGGCAGGAGCAGGCUCGCGCGCUGGCCGGUUUCCCAGCCAUUCCUAGCGCUGCACGCGGUCACGAUGUCUCUCACGCCCUCGUGUCGGCAACGCAUCGUUCGCUGGCAGCGCUGCUGCCCACGUCGACGACUGCCCUUCUCUCACAGUCGCUCCCACACAUCCUCCUCUCGCUCCUCACCACGACGCUGCUGCCAAUCCUGCCCAGCAUCGACGACUACUCGUGUGCCAUCUGCACCGGCGUCGCCUGGCGGCCCAUCCGACUCGACUGCACGCACCUCUUUUGCAUUCGCUGUCUGGUCAAAUUGCAAAAGAAGAACAAGGUGGACUGCCCUCUAUGCCGUGCCAAGGGCGUCGUAGGCUCCGCAGACGGCCGCAAUUUGGACCAGGCCACGAUCAACUUUCUCAAGGCUUGGUUUCCCAAAGAGGUGGCCGAAAAGGAAGGCGAGAACGAGAGCGAGAGGCGAAAAGAAGAGAUGCAGGAGCUGGGCCUGUCUCUCGAGAACGAGAGGUGCAUCGUAGUCUGAUGGGUUCCUCUUUCGUCCUCGCCUCUUUGUCCCCUAAAUGUUCGCAAUUUUCUUUACCUCUAACUUGAUUUGUCAAAUACCCUUUUAUAUGAUGUUGAUCGCAGAUCGCAAGCAAUGGGACAUCGAAGUCACGCUCGCCAUCUGUGUCAGGACAUGAACCAUGC